GAUACUGGAUCUAUAUGGCCUUGUUUUUUGGAAGUUUUUGCUAUGGCAAAUUUUGUUGACAUGUUUCACAAAGGAAAAACUUUCAGGCCCAGGAAGAAGUUUGAGCCUGGGACCUUAAAGUUUUCUCUCCACAAGCGUGCACAAGCAUCACUGAACUCGGGAAUAGACUUGAAACAUGUAGUCAGACUUCCUCCUAGAGAACACUUGAAUGAUUGGGUGGCAGUCCAUGUGGUUGAUUUCUUCAAUCGUAUCAACUUAAUCUAUGGGUCUGUCACAGAUUUUUGCCGGGAAGAUACUUGUCCUACAAUGUCAGGAGGACCAAAGUUCGAAUACUUGUGGGCUGACAGGAGUAAGUACAAGAAACCAACUCCUCUGCCAGCACCACAGUACAUUGCGUUACUAAUGGACUGGGUGGAGGAACAGAUAAAUAAUGAGGAGAUAUUCCCUGUUACAUUUGAUGUUCCCUUCCCGAAGAACUUCAUUCCUACGUGCAAGAAGAUCCUUACACGAUUGUUCAGAGUGUUCGUCCAUAUCUACAUACAUCACUUCGAGAGUCUGGUGGCUAUUGGAGCUGAAGCCCAUGUGAAUACUUGUUACAAACAUUUCUACUAUUUUAUCAGAGAGUUUGGCCUUGUGAGCCAGCGAGAACUGGAACCACUGGCAGAAAUGACAAGAAGAAUCUGUAAAGAUUAUCUUCAAAAUAGAUGAGUACACUUGGAAGAGGUGAAGGCAGUCCUGGAUCAUCCUUAAAUUGGGAUGCUCUGUGUAAACUUUACCUCCAGGUUGCAUGACGAUACCUGUUUAACUUGAAUAGCCCCUAAGUCAUUAACAAAACUUCAUUUUAAUAGUUAUUCAUGAAUGCAGUUAUGUUUAGAGAAGUUAUAGUUUGAAAUGUCUAACCUUAAAAUGUUGAUAGCUUUUGUUAAAAUUCAGUUCCAGAAAUUAGUAGUUCUAGUCGUAUUCUUAUAAGUCACCUCAGACGUAAUAUAUUAAUGUUUGUAGCUAUAAAUCACCCCUUUGGAGUUGAAUAGAGCAGUAGUUAUAACCAACUCUCAGGGUGAUAUAGGCUGGUAACCAUGGUGCAUAGAUUUGUGCUCAAGAGCUAGAAGAUGUUUUUUUUUAUCUUUUGGUGAUGGUUGUAUGAAGAACAGAUUGAUAUAUAUAUUUUUGUAUCUUCUAAUUACAGUAUUAACUUUAGUAGACUGGGAAAUGUAAAAUUAUUUAUAACCAAGUGGUUGAUCUUCAUUUUUAAACUAAUGCCAUUUAUGGACAGUUGACAGCAAAUAUAGUCAAUAAAUCAAAUGAUCGCGUCAUCAAUAGAGAAAUCAAAGUUAUUCUUCAAUUUUGUCACCACUAGAAAUGAAGGUUGUUGAGUUCCAAGAAAGUUAGGGUCUUGUGGCUCCAGUUGCAGAGAAAAGCUUUAAUUUUUCUAUACAUUAACAUGGGAAAAAAAAGUUUUCUUUCAGAUUUCAUACUUAAAUAGGCCUACCUUGCACAAAAAACGUUUUUGUGAAGUAUAUUUGGGUAAGUUAUAAAUGUGUACAUUACUUAGAAAGUAACACUGUUCAGUUUAGAAACCAACAAAAAUAUUUCCAUGGUUAAUUUCGACCGUUACCUGGAAGUAAGAGCAUUCAACUACAGAUAGAUUUGUUACCUGUACAUUACAGCGUGCGAUAAGAGUUAAUUAUGUAUUGGUUAUUUAGAACUGUAAGUUUUGCUCGUAUUGACAUUAAAGGAAAUCUAGCUAGUUUAAAUGAAACAUUUAAGAUUAGCUAUUAAGGUUAGUUUGGUAAAUUUAACACUUCACAUGUUUACUGGGAUGGCAAAGCUCACUGGUGUAAUUACUUGUACUGUUCUGCUAGGCCUAACCUCCAAUGCAUAUGUAGUAUAUUUUAUAUAUACAGACAGAAGCUCCAAGCUCUCUUAGUAUGAUUAACAAAGAAGGAAAUGUCUGCAAACAAAUGAAUAUUAAAAUCAAAAAUAGUUGAAACAGAACAUGAUGUUGGUGUUCGUUUUUCACCAUAUUCCACUGUAGGUGAUUUUUGAUUUUUCUUCAGUGUGUUGUUAUUUUUCUCAAGCUAGUUUUCUCGUUAUAUAUAAGACAUAUCUAAAAAUAACGUAAAUAUCGUUUUCACUUUCUUCCAACUGAAUAAACAAAAUUAACUUUCACAGUUAAUAAAAUUAUAAUUUUUUCUGACAGUUACUUAAUACCGCAUUGAUCGGUGACAGUGCAUAAAUAUUUAACCCUUUGUAACCUGGUGGCAGCAUAUUGCCGUGUCUGCAUUUACAUUUAUGAGAAUUAAGAACUCAUAAAUAUCACCAUUAAGCAGAAUUUUUAAAAACUAAAUGCUUUCAUAAACAAAUAUGAAUCAUGAGAUACCUGGCUUUAAAGAGAUUAAAAUGAUUAAUGGAAAUAAUUACAUAUAAAUAUUUAUUUUAAAUUUGUUUCUCAACAAGAUUGUACCCUGUUGUAUGAUAUUAUGACUUAUAUUUUAAUCAGUCUUUUCGGAUUUAAUUGUUUUGGCUAUCACUUUCAUGAUACUGUUGCCUUAUUGAAUAAUAUUCUAAUAAAUUAGUAAUGUAAACACAACUUCACGACCUAACACAAAUUUUACUCAUAUGUAUGUUACUUCCUUUUUUCUGUUUCUACAUCCUGCCCUAAUUUCCUUCAAUAAGAAUAUUUCGUACCUGUUUCUAUGCAUGUUUUCUCGGACCUGUUGUCUGUUUUAACUCUCUGAAUUACCCAUCUUCAGGAAAAAAAGUUGAUGCUCUUAAUCUAGAAAUUUACUAACAAAACAACAAGCCAUGAUAAUAUAAGGAAAUGUGGUUUCAUAAAAUGGAAGAACCUUGCUUCUCUUACUUAUUUUGACCAGGUAAAUACCACACCUUUAAAUGGUCCUUAAAAUCAAAGCCAUGGAAUAAUUUUGAACUAGAAGUAGCAUGUUUCCACAGGACUUCAUCCUUAAUUUUGAUGAGAGAGUUAGUUGAAUGAGGAUAUGAAACAUACUUAUCCAAAAGAUGUGGCUUACAAUGACAAGUGUGUCAUAGUCAGUUCUUACUUAAAAGGGGUUGAGCACGGCUCAGUGGUUAACAUGUUGGAAUGAGGUUCUGUAGUCCGUAUCCCAUUACCUAGAAAAUAAUAAUAAUCGUGUUCCCACUGUUCAUUCUGACAAGAGUUAGCAGAGGGUGGUGUUGGCUAGAUGCUUGCUCUCUAGUUUGUUGAUUUAAAAUUAGAAACUGCUAGCAUAGGUAGCUCUUAUGUAGAUUUGAACCAAACCCAACGAAGAAAUGAAGAAUUCUGCUGGACCAGUAAUAAUGAAUAGUUGACAAGUAGUUGCUUCGUUUACACUUAUUAGAUUAUAGGACUAUUGUUAAGUUCAAAUGUUGCUUUCAUCAUUUCUGAUUUAGAAGUUAACAUUUUUGAACUAGAUCUUGUAAUGCUGAGUUACUAUAAAGAGGUAAUAUAUGUUUUGUUACAUGUGUGUACCUAGUACAUCAGCAGGUUGACAAACAGCUGUUGUUUGGGUAACUCAAGUAAUUAUUGUUGUUUUAGAUAGUUUAUAUUAAGAUGGAGUUAUUGGUGUGAAACUUGUUUACGAUAGUUCGGCAAUUUAACAUUUUUUCUUAAAGAAUGUACAUGCUUUUAUCAGAAUUAUUUCUUCAUAUUGGGGUCGAAUGUGAACUUUCAAAUGAUUUUAAUUAUCUAUAAUGUUUUUUUUUCCAGUGUGUAUUGAUACACAGUCUAUUUUCAGGUCUUAAAACUCUGCAAGUUGCCAUAUUUCUUGAAUUGAGUUAAUAAAAGGAAGUUUAUUUUUGAGUACAAGUAGUUUUGGCAAUGUGGUUUCCUUGGAUAUUAAUUAAGUAUCUUUGAUUAUUUUCACCUAAUUUUCAAUGAGUGGUCGGCAAACUGGUAAUGCAUUGUAAUUUUCUAUACAAACAUUUUUUUUCCUUUCAAACUUUCAGAGUGCCUCAACAGUCACUGCUAUAUUAAUUAAUUAUGCUCUUGAUUGUUUAAAAAUGUGCAAUUUGAUCAUGUUGCUGAUGUCAAAAUCAUAAAUUUUAGACCAAUAUUAUUUUAUUGGAAUUUUGAACACUGUUCUUGUAUCAUUUGGAAAAACUAUAAAUUUGCAUCAACAGAAGUGGUAUGUAAUAACUUAAUUUGUUUAACAUAGAAGAUUUUGUAAAAGCAGUUUACUUGUGCAAUAUGUCCUGUUUAUGUAAUAUAAUACAACUUGUGUCUCCUGGAUGAAUCACAUUCCUGUACUUAGUGUCUAUGUUUUGUUUUCUUUCUGCCUACUUAAUUUCUAUACAGUUUGAAACUUGGAUAGACAAUCAAAGACACAGCACUAAGUUUAAGUUCAUUGUUAGUAGUUUUACACCUCAACAGUAUUCAGACACCAUACUUGUACAGCUUACCAGGGAAUUGGCAAAAUAGGUUAGUAUACAGGAACUGCAGAAGACAGUUUCAAAAGGUACUCAGUUACUGCUGAAAAAAAAAUGUAAAGAUUCUGUUGGAAUAUAGUAUUGUGGUUGUGUUUAUACAUAUUAUGCUUGUGAAUAAUUCCUAAGCACCUGCAGUAUGUUAAAAGCAAUAAUAUAAGCAUGAAUUAGUUAUUUUUAUUUAUAUUAGAAUUUCUUUAGAAAGAAACUAUAAUAUUUAAAAAUAUUCCAUAAUGAUUAUAUUUUUAUAAUAAUUGCUUGGUUUUUUAGCUACUAAUGGUACAUCACAUUUUUCCUUAGCUGCUAAUGGUACAUCACAUUUUUCCUUUAGUUGCUAAUGGUACAUCACAAUUUUCCUUAGCUGCUAAUAGUGCUUCACAUUUUCCCUUAGCUGCUAAUGGUACUUCACAUUUUUCCUUAGCUGCUAAUGGUACAUCACAUUUUUCCUUAACUGCUAAUGGUACAUCACAUUUUUCCUUAGCUGCUAAUGGUGCUUCACAUUUUUCCUUUAGUUGCUAAUGGUGCUUCACAUUUUUCCUUUAGUUGCUAAUGGUGCUUCACAUUUUUCUUUAACUGCUAAUGGUACUUCACAUUUGAUACAACUAUACCAGCUUAGCAAAAUGAUGAAACGUGAAGCCUAAUGAUAGAAACUUUAUAAAUGACAGUGUUGUUGUAGGAUUUUCUAUGUCUAUGAUUCUUAAGUGGUUAUUUUAAAUUUUAUGAUAGAAAAGACCAUUUAGGGUACUUCAACCAUCGUGUGUGGUGCAUAAAACCACCAACUUGUUUUUAUUAGUUAUGGAGUUAGUGUAGUUUAUUGAGUACUCUACUUUUAUGUUGCCAGACAGAUGACAUUUUUUUCCCCCUAUAUUUUAUGUAUUUUGUGCAGCUGAUCGUGUUUAUAGAAAACAGUCUAACCUAACAUGUUUGUGGAGCAGGUAUUGUAAGAUCCUGGUCAGUGAGAAACCCACCCUUGGGGAUGCCGUGCAAACUUUUUAAAAAAGUAUCAAAAAUAAACUGUGAAGGUGCGGAAUGGUCUGAAAAGGCCAGAGCAACUUUAAGAAUUUAAAAAUCCUUUCUGGUCGCGGAGAAAUAGGCGAAAACGAUCGGCUACCACCCGACUUCCCAGAAAUCAAAGGAAAUAUUCGGAAUGCUUUGAUUUUAGCAAAUAUUGGAGUUAUAUUAGUUCCAAUGGUGUUAUUAAUCAAUUUCAAUGCAUAAUUAGUGAGAAUAAAGUUGUUUCUAGAUUUCUUCUAGUACGUCUUCAAUCUCAGUGCCCAAAUCUUGUAACGAAACCCUCUCUUCAGCACACAUUUCCAUAACAACAUUUUGCUCUCCUUCAUCCUUCUCAUUUUAUCUGACUUUUGCAACUGUUGCACUACUCCACGUCUACUUUGGUGUAUAACAUGACAAUGUUUUGCUGUACGUGUAGCUGGGGGAUCACAAUGUAAACACAUUUCACAACUUCUUUUGUUUUUGUAUUUAUGUUCUUCACAUGGCCCUUGCCGGAAAACUGGUUUCGAAACAGCCGAAUUUUUUACGUACGGCAGUGUUGUCCAGUUUUUAUGGUAUUUUUACAUGCAAAAAAUGAUUCUGAAACUUUAAUUUUUUUUCCGGCGAAAAAACUAUAAUUUUGGGCGGGUUUCUGACUGACCGGGAUCGUAAUAGUAAUCUUAAAAGAAAUGCUUAGAGAAUAUACUUUUAAACUAUCAAUUUGAGUGUUUAGUAUUAUUUCUUAAAAAUAAAGUUUAUUUAUUUUAGGUAAUUUACCAGUAUACAAAACAUAUCAAUAUUAUUGUUCUGAAGUACAUGGCUUCCACAAAUUUGAAUAAAUUUUAGAAAUACGAAAUUAGUGAAAAAAAAUAUAAUUACGUAACUGCUAUUCUUAAAAAAAAUUUAAUUUUUUCCAUUGUUCCUUAGUUUCUCUGCAUACUUGCAGUGUAGUAGGUCUCGUACAGUUUUAAGUUUAUAAAAGUUUUUAGUAAGUCAAUAAGAUAGUGUGGUCUCGUGUUUUUUUUUAUGAUAUUUUGUUUUUAGUGUAUAGUUGUUUGAUGUGGUCAGUAUUGUCCCAUGGUUACAAAGAUGCCUUUCCUUAUUACAUGCCUUUUUUUUUCUUACCUCCACUAGGCUUAGCUAUGAUCCUCGAGGAUGGCAAAAAAACUAAACAUUCCAUAAAUAAUAUAUACGUAUGUAAACUAGAAAGUUAUUUAUUGGUUAUCACCUACGGUCUAGGCUAAUUAAUUUCUUAUAUUGUCUUAAAAGUUAUUUUCAAAUGAAGAAUAUAUUUUGAUUAAAUGAAUAAAACUGCGGGAAGUAUUCAAGACCAAAUGGUAUUUAAAGGUACAUUUUUCAUGCGAUGUGAAUCUCUCAUAUCAAUAACAAGUUAAAGCAGUGUGGAGUUAAAGUGGUUGAAACUGUGUUACGGCUGUUGUGUAAGUAUGUGUUAUUCCAGUAAGUUUCAGUGAUAAGUCUCUUGGAUGGAUCAAACAAGUGACGUCUGUAAGUGGAUCCCAAGACAGAGUACCACUGCUUUACUGAAAUAACUGCUUGAUUAAAAACAUGCAAUACUAUGAUGUGAUCAAGUCUUUUUACAAAGUUUUGUUAAAUCAUGUUAAAAACAUUGAAUAUUGUUCAGUUUGUGCCAUGUGCAUCACAGUUUUGUGACUUUCAAUGUUUGAUUUGGUUUAUCAUAAAAUCUAGACAUGUUUUUGUAUUUUGAAGGAUGCGUGGACAGUUGUGCAGCAUUGUUUAGUAAAUGUAUUAUACAGUUGAUUACUAUAUAUCAGUGUUCCCUCUAAGCUGCACAGCAACCAAUCAAGCGCCACGCACUUCAUUAUUCCAGUCACGCAUAUUCUCAGUAAUGGGUGAGGAGUUUCAACACGUUGACACCCUUAAUGACCCUGGCAGUCAAUAGGCCUAAAGCCCAAAUAACCAACUGCAAAGCGGCCUUAUGAUCCAAUAGGGUCGAUGGUCUUAACA